AUGAAUUUUCCCAUGAAGGAUAAACUCGGCCACUUCAAGAGACCUCUUGGUAUUGACCAAAGAACGGCAAACAUUCCCCUCAUCGACAUUUCAGCCCCCGAUGCCGACCAAGAGGAAAUUGCCAGGCAACUCGUCGACGCUGCCGAGGAACAUGGCUUCAUUUACAUCCGCAACCUAGGCCGUGACAUUCAGGCCAAGGAUGUCGAUGGGGCGUUUGAUCUCGCCAGGAAAACGUUUGAGUGUCCCGUGGACGAGAAGCAGAGAUGCACGAUUCAGACUAACAAUCGUGGCUGGUCGGGUAUGCAUUCUGAAACCCUGGAUCCCAAAAACCAAAAGAUUGGAGAUUUCAAAGAGGCCUUCAACUUUGGUGAAUUCGCAGAUGGGAAAGCCCAGCAGCCCCUUCCGUCUGACCUGAUUCCCGACGAACCACAGAUAAGUGCCUUUGCCGACUCAUGUCAUGACCUUUGUCAGAAGCUCCUCUACCUGCUUGGCCUGGGUCUUGGUGUUGGCGACUUCUUCUCCUCGGCACAUAACACGGAUAAGGGAGCCUCGAGCUCUAUCCUCCGCUUAUUACGCUAUCCACCCCCUGAGUCUACCGCUCAUACCGAAGAAGACGUGCGUGCUGGCUCUCACAGCGACUAUGGCUCUAUCACCCUUCUCUUUCGUCUAAAGGGACAGGCAGGCUUGGAAGUUCUCACAAAAGACAACGUGUGGGCACCCGUCCCUGUGUGUCCAGCCGGCACUGAGGAUGACCCCAGUCCACCUAUUCUCAUCAAUAUCGGUGAUCUUCUGUCGUACUGGACCAACGGACUGUUCCGCAGCACUCUUCACAGGGUUGUGUUUCCGACAGAAGGAAGCGUCAGGGUACAGGGAGAGACGAAUGAGGGGCCAAGAUAUUCGAUCGCUUAUUUCUGUCAUCCUGUCGGCACAGUCCCUCUUGAGCCAGUUCCUAGCGAGCGGGUGAAGAACUUUGUGCCUGCUGAAGGUGCGCCAAGUGAGAAUCCAUAUGCUACAAGCAAGGUCAUGACGGCGGAUGAGCAUUUAUUCAUGAGGCUCAAGGAAAGCUACGGCGAUCUUUACGACAAGAAGUCAUAG